UGACAGCUGUUAGACAGUUCUCCUUUUAUUUUCAUGAGAAGAAUUUCCUUCUUUUCAAGAAAAAAAGCUUUUUGUUCACCCUAUUUGUUUACUCGAGUUUUAAACCGAUUAUAAUAUUCCUGUAAUCGCUUGACAAAGCAUUAUUUCAUGAUUUAAUGCUAAGUGAAAUGUGUAACACUAUAAAUAGAACUGGCCGUAGUUAGCUCUAGAUUUUGUCCGAUUGUGAUGUUGAAUUAGACUUAUUGAGUAAUAAUUUAGCAACAAUGGGCAGGAGUGAAGACGCGGCCUUCGUCAAGGGGACCGUUCGUUUGACGGCGGCCCGGGAGCGUGGUGACGUAGACAGACAAUUCCAGAGCCGUCUGACGGUGACUCGGAGUAUGAUAGACAGACUUGGUCUCGAAAAAGAGCUCCACGGACAUAUGGGAUGCGUUAACUGCCUGGAAUGGAAUCGUGAUGGAUCAGUCUUGGCCUCGGCAUCAGAUGAUCUCCACGUUAUCCUGUGGGACCCCUAUCGCUACAAACAGCUCCACAACAUAGCUACGGGCCAUACAGGCAAUAUUUUCUCUGUAAAGUUCCUAACCCCUGAUAUAAUAGCGACAUGCGCCGCAGACGGCACGGUGCGCGCGCGCAGCGUUAUAGAAGGCGCUUCUCUCCUCGAGUGUACCUGCCACUGCGGGAGAGUGAAGCGACUGGCCACCGCGCCAGACAAUCCACAUCUAAUUUGUUCUGCUGGAGAAGAUGGGUUAAUUCUCCAACAUGACCUUCGAAUGUCGCACACAUGCAAUUCCGACUCGCCCAAUGUACUAGUGAAUCUACUUAACCAUCUCGGACGCCAUGCCGAGGCGAAGUGUGUGGCUAUCAAUCCCCGCAGACCUCACCAACUGGCUGUCGGCGCUAAUGAUUUUUAUGUGCGAUUGUACGACACUAGGAUGAUUAAAUUGGCCAAGAAUCAGGGCGGGCGGCUGCGCCGGUUCGACUCGCUGCAGGGCCGCGGCGCGCGCGCAGGCCACGGGGACCCCGACAACAACAUCCCCAGGGCCGCUGUCAAUUACUUCGCACCAGGUCACCUCUCCAUGGAGCCAAACGAACACACAUUUCCAAAGAAGGCCACUACGUACGUAACAUUCAGUCAUGAUGGCAAUGAGCUGCUGGUUAACCUCGGAUCUGAACAGGUGUACCUAUUCGACAUAAACUCAGCUCGACGUCCGGUCCUGGUGGAAAGUUUUAUAAUUCAGCACAAUCACGGGUAUCGCGAGGGAGAGGGCAAACCUAAAAACGGGACAAACGGCACGACCGGGUCCAAUGGAACGGGCGGGGCCAACGGGACUAACGGGGCGAAUGGAACUGUCGAACCUCAAACCCAGUUGCCGGAGAAAGUUAGACAGCUUAAGGAAACGGCCAACGAACUAGUGAAUAAAGGCAACUACUCAACGGCCGUACAACUGUACAACGACGCUAUCGGCAUAUGUCCGGACUGCGCUAUAUUGUAUUCAAACAGAGCCGCCGCACUUAUGAGGAGGGCGUGGUCAGGAGACACGUACGCGGCAAUAAAGGACUGCUACCGCGCCAUAGCAUUGGACUCGGGCCACGUGAAGUCCCACUUCCGCCUCGCCAAGGCGCUCAUGGAGCUGCGGAGGGCGCGCGAGGCGCACGAGUGUCUGCUGUACUUCCGGCAGAGGUUCCCAAAGCACGCGUCGAGUCACGCAGUAGUUUUGCUACAGAAGGACAUCAACGUCGCGUUGGAACAGAGGGACACACAGCCAGACGAAGAUUUUUCAGCCGCCGAAACCGAGGAGAACCAGUCCACCAGCGUUCUGGAGCGGCAGCUGCGCGCCUCGGCCCUGGACUACUCGCAGCGGUUCCUGGGGCACUGCAACACCACCACUGAUAUCAAGGAGGCCAACUUUUUGGGGCCCGAUGCUAAUUUUAUCGCGGCUGGCUCAGACGACGGCAGCAUGUUCAUCUGGUGCCGUGACUCCGGGAACAUAGUGAGGGUGCUCCGUGGCGACGAGUCCAUCGUGAACUGUGUGCAGCUGCACCCCGGCAUGUUCCUGUUGGCCACCAGCGGCAUUGAGGCCGUGGUCAGGCUGUGGAGCCCUAGGCCUGAGGACGGGUCGGAGGAGGCGCGCGUGGUGCGCGACGCGGCGGCGGCGGCGCGCGCCAACCAGCAGCGCAUGCGCAGCGACCCGUUCGAGGCCAUGCUGUUCAACAUCUCGUACGCGGGCGGCGAGCGCAGCCAGCCGCACUCGCCCGCCUGCCGGCCCACGUGCGUCACUUGUUGCAGACAUACAUACAUACAUACACACAUACACCAACCAGCAGCGCAUGCGCAGCGACCCGUUCGAGGCCAUGCUGUUCAACAUCUCGUACGCGGGCGGCGAGCGCAGCCAGCCGCACUCGCCCGCCUGCCGGCCCACGUGCGUCACUUGUUGCAGACAUACAUACAUACAUACACACAUACACCAACCAGCAGCGCAUGCGCAGCGACCCGUUCGAGGCCAUGCUGUUCAACAUCUCGUACGCGGGCGGCGAGCGCAGCCAGCCGCACUCGCCCGCCUGCCGGCCCACGUGCGUCACUUGUUGCAGACAUACAUACAUACAUACACACAUACACCAACCAGCAGCGCAUGCGCAGCGACCCGUUCGAGGCCAUGCUGUUCAACAUCUCGUACGCGGGCGGCGAGCGCAGCCAGCCGCACUCGCCCGCCUGCCGGCCCACGUGCGUCACUUGUUGCAGACAUACAUACAUACAUACACACAUACACCAACCAGCAGCGCAUGCGCAGCGACCCGUUCGAGGCCAUGCUGUUCAACAUCUCGUACGCGGGCGGCGAGCGCAGCCAGCCGCACUCGCCCGCCUGCCGGCCCACGUGCGUCACUUGUUGCAGACAUACAUACAUACAUACACACAUACACCAACCAGCAGCGCAUGCGCAGCGACCCGUUCGAGGCCAUGCUGUUCAACAUCUCGUACGCGGGCGGCGAGCGCAGCCAGCCGCACUCGCCCGCCUGCCGGCCCACGUGCGUCACUUGUUGCAGACAUACAUACAUACACACACACAUACACCAACCAGCAGCGCAUGCGCAGCGACCCGUUCGAGGCCAUGCUGUUCAACAUCUCGUACGCGGGCGGCGAGCGCAGCCAGCCGCACUCGCCCGCCUGCCGGCCCACGUGCGUCACUUGUUGCAGACAUACAUACAUACAUACACACAUACACCAACCAGCAGCGCAUGCGCAGCGACCCGUUCGAGGCCAUGCUGUUCAACAUCUCGUACGCGGGCGGCGAGCGCAGCCAGCCGCACUCGCCCGCCUGCCGGCCCACGUGCGUCACUUGUUGCAGACAUACAUACAUACAUACACACAUACACCAACCAGCAGCGCAUGCGCAGCGACCCGUUCGAGGCCAUGCUGUUCAACAUCUCGUACGCGGGCGGCGAGCGCAGCCAGCCGCACUCGCCCGCCUGCCGGCCCACGUGCGUCACUUGUUGCAGACAUACAUACAUACAUACACACAUACACCAACCAGCAGCGCAUGCGCAGCGACCCGUUCGAGGCCAUGCUGUUCAACAUCUCGUACGCGGGCGGCGAGCGCAGCCAGCCGCACUCGCCCGCCUGCCGGCCCACGUGCGUCACUUGUUGCAGACAUACAUACAUACAUACACACAUACACCAACCAGCAGCGCAUGCGCAGCGACCCGUUCGAGGCCAUGCUGUUCAACAUCUCGUACGCGGGCGGCGAGCGCAGCCAGCCGCACUCGCCCGCCUGCCGGCCCACGUGCGUCACUUGUUGCAGACAUACAUACAUACAUACACACAUACACCAACCAGCAGCGCAUGCGCAGCGACCCGUUCGAGGCCAUGCUGUUCAACAUCUCGUACGCGGGCGGCGAGCGCAGCCAGCCGCACUCGCCCGCCUGCCGGCCCACGUGCGUCACUUGUUGCAGACAUACAUACAUACAUACACACAUACACCAACCAGCAGCGCAUGCGCAGCGACCCGUUCGAGGCCAUGCUGUUCAACAUCUCGUACGCGGGCGGCGAGCGCAGCCAGCCGCACUCGCCCGCCUGCCGGCCCACGUGCGUCACUUGUUGCAGACAUACAUACAUACAUACACACAUACACCAACCAGCAGCGCAUGCGCAGCGACCCGUUCGAGGCCAUGCUGUUCAACAUCUCGUACGCGGGCGGCGAGCGCAGCCAGCCGCACUCGCCCGCCUGCCGGCCCACGUGCGUCACUUGUUGCAGACAUACAUACAUACACACACACAUACACCAACCAGCAGCGCAUGCGCAGCGACCCGUUCGAGGCCAUGCUGUUCAACAUCUCGUACGCGGGCGGCGAGCGCAGCCAGCCGCACUCGCCCGCCUGCCGGCCCACGUGCGUCACUUGUUGCAGACAUACAUACAUACAUACACACAUACACCAACCAGCAGCGCAUGCGCAGCGACCCGUUCGAGGCCAUGCUGUUCAACAUCUCGUACGCGGGCGGCGAGCGCAGCCAGCCGCACUCGCCCGCCUGCCGGCCCACGUAAAACCCGAGGGCCCAGGAUUCCCUGCGCGCCGGGAUUCCAUUCUGUGACCAUCGAACAAGUCAUUGUAAAUAUAUAAUAUAUGUUACCGACUCGUAUAUCGUUCUUAUUAACUCUAUUCGGUUGAAAAAAAGACUUUACACUGAACUCGUUUAAAAUUAAUGUAGAUUAUAAAAUUUCAAUUCAGAUAUUGAUUUGUUUUUAGAAUAAGAUACAAGGUUUAUGAUGCCAAUACAACUUGAAUUUACUACCGCUUACCGAAACGGCGGAACAAAAUACACUGCAGCAUUUUCACCGGGCGUCAAUUUACGAAAACGUAUGGUCGUGUGAAAAAAUUCCGGAGCGCUCUAUAAAAAAUUAAUGCUCAAAUAGUUUUGGUGUUAAGUCAAAUUUUUGCCGAAUAAUUGAAAUGUAUAAAAAAUUAUAUUAUAUUAGUUUAUACUUAGAAUUUCAUUUGUCACAGACCACGAUGGUGCCGAGAUUUCCUUUUGUAGCUAUGUUUGAUUUUAAAAUGCUACAAAUAAUUAUUAAAAAUACAACACGUUAAAAUAUAUAAUAAAAAAAAGAUUUCAUUUUGAAAUGCGUUUAUUAACUCAGCUCUGAACAUACCUACUUGUAACAUGACGAUAAAAAAACUGAAUAAUUCUAAUUUAAAUUAUUACAAUCUCAUCUAUGUUUUGUCAAAACGGUUUAUAACUAGUAUUUCACUUGAAAAACUUAUCAGGUAUAUAAAUUGCAAUGCGACCAAAAAGUAGUGUAGUCACGAAAAUGUCAUCGUUCUGACAGUCAUUGUAAUUUAUCAUCCUUAUAAUCUUUUCUAUGUACUGGAGGACGAAACAUCGCCAUAAUUCCCGUUCCCGUGGGAAUUUCGGGAAUUCUUCUCAUAGUGCAACCUUAGACCACAUGAAGAACGUAAGUUCUUCACGACAAAUUUCAAUUCACCAGACCCAGCGGUUUGUGCUGUGUGUUGAUAUGUCAGUCAGUCAGUUAUUCACUUUCUUCUUUUAUAUAUAUUUAGAUUGAAAUAAUAGCUCUUAGGAAUUAUUAUAUUACAUGCAAGUCAUCGUAUUUUUUCUCCAUCGGUUAGUAUUCAAACUAAUGUACAUAACUGCGAAAAUAGUAAUUGGUACAUGGCGGACGUGGGAUUCGAACCUGUGCCUUUCUGCGCAAUAAGCAUUUUAACCUGGCACCUUACCAAUUCGACCAUCGACGCUUUUAAUUAGUCUUCUGUUUAUGCCGUACUAAUACUGGCGAGAGUUUUCUUAACACCCUGUAUUUGCAUCCCACUGCUGACCCCAUAAAAUGGCAGGCGCGAAAAAAAAUGGCGACAUGUUUUUUGCAUCGAUUGCAUCUGCCGCGGGAAAUCAAUUUUUGUAAGAGGAAGGAGCAUACAUACAUACAUAUGGUCACGACUAUAUCCCUUGUGGGGUAGACAGGGCCAACAGUCUUAAAAACACUGAAUGGCCACGUUCAGCAUGUAAGAGAAGGGAGUAUUUCCAAAAUUACAGUAAUGCAUCUAAUACUCAAAAUAAAAUAAAGAGCGAGUUGAGCGAGCGCUGAUCAGAGCUUAAGCAGUUGAGAAGUUAAAUUUCUAACGAGUAAUUUAAAUUUGAACCAUAAGGACAUGGAAAUUGAAACUACAUUAGUUGUUUCGUGGACUUAGUUUGUACAUACCUUUUUUUUUCUAUAAUUAAUACAUUAUAAGACUUUUUGCAAUGAAUGAUGCAUGAAUGAGUUGUAACUGUGAUACUCUUAAUUGAUAGUCUAAUAUAUUAUUUUUUUUCUAUAGGUUUUGUUUCUCUAAAUUUACAUGAAACACCAAUUAGCAGUAGUUGCUUGGAUAAUGAUAGCUUACUGUGUGUGGUGACAGCGUUAGGGUGCUUCCACAUAAUGUAUUAAAUUUUUCUUUUAAUCUGUAAAAUUUUUUUUUUUGUUGUUCAAUUUAUAUAAAAAAAAACUUAAGGUCGUUAGAUAGAAUAGGGAAAUGUCUUAGUGACAUUGAAUUUAUAAAAAUAAAUUAUAAUAAAUCAUAUUGUUCAGACAAAGAAUUUGUAUUCUGUUGUAUAAUACACUCAUAUAAUAUAAUGAUUGCAUGAUUAAAUUAAAUGUUUUGUACGUUUUUGAUCCAAAUGUUGUCUUUGCAUCAUCGUUUUCCCACGGAGAAAUUUGGUACUAAAAUUAUAGAUUACUUACUUAGUACUUUACCUUUCUUCAUAUAUAUAUGGAAGUACCCCUAAAAUUGAUUUAUAGAACAAGUCAUCGUUCGAAUUAAGAUAUAUAUAUAUGUAUAUAUAAUAUAUAUAUAUGUACAUAUAUCUUAAUUAAGAUAUAAACGUAAUUUCUCAAAGUAUUGAUCGGUCACGGAGUCACCGUGUUUGACUUAUUUAAAUUUAACCAUCAAUUUUAAACCAUAAGUAUACGCGCCAUUUUCCAUGUGUUUAUAUACGAGUAACCUUUUUUUUGUGGACUAGAAUUGGUCUUUUGGUGUCUAUAGAGAUGGGCAGUACAAUACGUAAGCGCAUAUUGACUGGAAACCCUACGUUUACAAAUAUCAGAACAAGAUAAUAUAAGGACAAUAUUAACUUAAAAUAUUCCGACUUCCAUCUUUCAGUUAAAUUUACAUCCCAAAAUUUUAUUUAAAAGUGUCGGAGGGAAAUUGGAAAAAUUACAGUUUCUUCUUGAUGGGUUCAAUUUAAAAAAGAGGACAUUUAAAGGCCAUAUACCAGUUUUUAUUUAGGAGUGUGGAUUUCCAGGUUUUGUGCGUUUAGCUGUAUUUCACCCAGGUAUUUUGUGACAGCAAAGGUGAUGUCGAAUGCGUGUUUUGUAAUACUCAACGCAGAUAAUUAACAAACAAAACGUGUAAUGUACAUCGUUUUGCUAAGGAGUUUUUUUUUGUUUUUGCCAUAAAAUUACCGCCAUCUCUUUUCGUAAAAGACACGAGGAUAUAAAGCUAUAAGUCUUGUAUAAAUUAUAGAUAGUUUGUAUAACUAAUACUUUACGAGAAUAUAAUUUUAUUUAUAUACCGGUAAAUGUAAGCAGGGGAAGGAUUUGUUGUAACAUAAAACAUAUCUUGUUAUAGAA